AUGACCUGGGCUGGAGCUCAGCGUUACUGCAGAGAGGAAUACACCGACCUGGCGACCUUCGAAAGCACGAAUGAUGUCAGCAGGCUGCCACCUGACACCAAACCAUCUAGAUGGAUCGGACUGAGUGACGACCCUAAAUCGUGGAGGGGCACCAUGGGUAAUGACCCCAACUCCUGGAGAUGGUCAUCGACUGGUGAAACCAGUAGAACCGGUUACCAGAACUGGGCGGCGGGGAAACCAGCCAAUGCCCUGCAGACCUGUGCUGUGAUGCUCGCUGAUGGACGAUGGAAUGAAUAUUCCUGUAAAUCAGCUUUACAUUUUAUUUGUUACACUGAGACGAACCAAGCUGAGAAAACCUUUGUGUUAAUACAACUUCCAAAAAGCUGGUCUGCUGCCCGCGACUACUGCAGAGAACACUACACAGAUUUAGCCAAGAUUGAGAAUGAUGAGGAACAGAAUGAGGUCAAUUCUGCAAAACCAAGCAAUGGCAUAGUUUGGAUCGGUCUGUACCGAGUGCCGUGGACUUGGUCCGACAAGUCACAAAGCUCCUUCAGGUUCUGGGAUAGUGCUCAGCCAGAUAUGGUCUACGACAAGGCAAUCUGUGGAGCUAUGAAUCCAUCACAUCGAUUUCAUGACGGCGACUGCUCUGUACAAUUACCUUUCGCCUGCCAUCAAGUUAUCACAUUGAAGACCACGCUCAAGAUGAAGUUUGAGACUGACGCUGAUAUCACAGAUCCAGCUCUUAACACCCAGAUCCUGCAGCAGCUGAGUGCAGCGCUGAACCGUCAGGGAUUCACUGACUUCAAGCUGAGAUGGAAGAUUCCGCCCAAAAAGCAGGAGAAGACCACGGAAACUCAAUGUGUAAUAAAUGGAUGAUAUAUUUAUUUAACUGCAAUUCUUCUAACUUAUUAUAAGGCUUUGUGUUGUCAUCUAUGUUUUUUGUGAAUUAAAAUUAGACUUCAGCUAUUAGAUGAUUUGUA